AUGGCUGGUAUCGCCUACUACACAAUUGCUGGCCGCCAGGUUGGCAGCCACUUCCUUGCCAUGGGUGUCCUCGGCUCCCUCUUCGGUGGUGUCUACUUCGCCGCCUCCGGUCCCAAGAAGAUUACCUCCGCCAACAACACUCCCCCGAUCAACGCCUCCAGCUCUGACGAGGCCGACUUCAUCAAGAAGUUUCUCGACGAGCAGGAGUCCGCUGAGAAGAAGCACUAA